AUGUCCACCUACGCAACCACCACCUACUCCUCUCCUCGCUCCAGGCAAUCCACAUCAUCUUACUCCAACGUGCAUAGUACCUCCUCCCGCCCUCGCCGCUUCUCCUUCGUCCGCUACCAUGCUGCCAAUGCCCGCACCCAUGCCCUCAUCACCCACCUCCGCCAAACCUUCCCUCCUCGCACCUACCGCGCUAAAAGGCGUGCGAUGGGGUUGAAUCUGAGGGUUGACACCAUCAAGGCGGUGAACCUGGACCAUAGGCAGGUUAGCGUUGUUCCGUUGCCUGUUAUUGUGACGGAUCCGUCACCCGUGCCUUUGCCUUCGGGCAAGAGGCAGGUGGGAGCACUGCAGGGUAUGCCCGUGGAUGUUGAGGAAGAGGAGGAGGAAGGCCAGGGUGUUUUGGAUUUCCGAAAUGUCGUUGCUUCAACUUCAAAGGACAAUAUCGCGAAUCCGAUUCAAGCGACUCAAGGAGCCCAAAUCCAACGACCUUCCAACCGACCUUCCCUCCGAUGUGUUAUCCCAAUCACGAUCGUUGACACGAGGGGUUACCAGCUCGAUUCCACUGUUUCAAGCACCAGCAGCAAUGGAGGGCUUAGGUCGAGGUUCUCCUCUGACACAGAGUACUCCGACAUCAGUUUGAACUCGUCCUUGCGACACACGGAUGUUGAAAGUGCAGGUCCCGCCCCAGGAUCAGGCUCCCCAAGUUCGUUUUUUUCACCUUCUUCAUUCGUAGACGAGUUUUAUAGACUUCGGUCCUGUUCACCUGUUUCUUCCCCUUCUCCAUCUUUUGAACCAUCCGCACUUUCGAUUUAUUGUUCUGCGGAUGGUGUAGAUCGUUGCUCAAUCCCUUCCACGUCGGGCCCGACUCAAGGCCAUUCGCGUUCGGUUUCGGUCCCUUCGGCUUUGCAUGUACGACCUCGUCCGGUUCAGGCGUUGCAUGUCCCUCAGGAUGUGGGGAGGCCGAUGAGCUGGGGGUGUGGUGAGGUCAAGGCUUAUGAGGAUGGAGGGGCGGUGUCCCCUUUGUCCGAUGCGAGCAAUGGCGGCACAAGCGAUGCGGGUUCGAGCUCGACCAAUUCGAGCGGGCCUGUUACACCUGAUGAUUGCGACAGUGGGAGCAGUAGCAGGGCUUCGUCGGCUGCCCUCCGCAGCAUUAAACGCAAGAGCACGAAUUUGGAGGAUGUGACUGAAUUUGGUGUGUUUGAGAAGAGGCCCAAGUUUGAGAGGAAGACGUGGUUGUUCUCUCAUUCCGACGUUAAUCCUGGUCAUCGUGCGCAACAAGCUCAAGAUGGCUCGAGAUUUAGGGCUUUCCGGGGGCUACCUUCUCGAAGACUUUAA